UCCAUCAGUCUGUCUGAGCCUGCUCAGGGGACCUGAGGUAAAGAAGAAGCAAGCUUGGAGUGUGAAGAGGGUGGGACUGUGGGUGGCCCAGCAUGGUCCCGCCCCACACUGUCCCCACCCCAAGCCCUCUUAAUGAAAUCAAGCUGGUCCUCCAGCCCAGCGGGGAGGAGGAAGGGGGAGUGCCUGGAGGCCGAGGCGGGCGGGCACCAGCCAGAGCAGCUGGCGGCAGACGGCAGGCAGACAGUCGGACCGUCUAGCGGGCCUGGCUUGCCUACCUGGCAGCUGCACCCAGUCCUUCACCCAGAGCUGGUUCUGUGCAUCAACAUGGUCCCCUGGUUCUUCCUGUCUCUGCUGCUACUUGUGAGGCCUGUGCCUGUGGUGGCCUACUCCGUGUCACUCCCAGCCUCCUUCCUGGAGGAUGUAGCAGGCAGUGGGGAAGCUGAAGGUUCUUCGGCCUCUUCCCCGAGCCUACCACCGCCCCGGACUCCAGCCUUCAGUCCCACACGGGGGAGACCCCAGCCCACAGCUCUGGACGGCCCCGUGCCACCCACCAGCCUCCUGGAUGGGAUCAUGGACUUCUUCCGCCAGUAUGUGAUGCUCAUCGCAGUGGUGGGAUCGCUGACCUUCCUCAUCAUGUUCAUAGUCUGCGCGGCCCUCAUCACGCGUCAGAAGCACAAGGCCACGGCCUACUACCCAUCCUCAUUCCCUGAAAAGAAGUAUGUGGAUCAGAGAGACCGGGCUGGGGGACCCCGUGCCUUCAGCGAGGUCCCUGACAGGGCACCUGACAGCCGGCCGGAAGAGGGCCUGGACUCCUCCCAGCAGCUCCAGGCUGACAUUCUGGCUGCUACCCAGAACCUCCGGUCUCCGGCUAGAGCCCUGCCAGGCAGUGGGGAGGGAACAAAGCCCGUGAAGGGUGGGUUGGAGGAGGAGGAAGAGGAGGAGGUACUCAAUAGCCAGGAGGAGGCCCAGGAAGCCCCAGUAUGUGGUGUCACUGAAGAGAAGCUGGGGGUCCCAGAGAAGUCAGCCUCACCAGAGGCUGAAGGGGUUCCUGCCACCAGUGAGGGCCAAGGGGAACCAGAACGGUCUUUCCCCGUAGCCCAGGAAUCUCAGGGAGCAGCUGGUUCUCCUGAAAGUUCUUGUGCCUGCAGCAGAGUACCCCCCAGUGUCUAACAGGCCCCAGAACUGCUGGGCCUGACUGUUGGGUCCUCGAGGGUCCCCUCCUUGGUCAAGAAAGGCAUUCAGCUGUCAUUGCUUCUUGACACCCCUCCUGGGCCAUUGCUGGUACCAAGCCUGACCCUGAAUGGGCAGAACCGAUGGCCUCUGGUGCACCCCAGGAAACAUCAUCUCCAGUUCCAGCACCCUUAAUGACUGUUGCCAUCCUGGGAGCUUCACCCUCACACACCACUUCUCCGGAAGGGGAAGGUCAGACACAUCCCAGUUGGGGCUGCAUGAGGCAGUCCGCAGAGCAGAAGGGGAACAGGCCAGAGGCCGCCUGUAAAGCUCGCACACAGCAAACGCUGCUGCUUGUGUCUCAGCUGUGGAGACAAGCGGGGGGAGGGGUAUUAGAGUCAAGAUGUCAUAUGGGAUGAGCCUUCUGUGAUCUUCACUGCCCUUGUGCCCCGCUGGGAGAGCAAGGUGCAGUCUGUAUCUGGCGACACCAGGGACGGCAGGGCCCUUUGCUAUGUCUCUGUUCCUCUGGCCCUGUUCAGUGGGCUUGACUAGUUAGGAAGCUUCUGAAAGGGGCCCCUACUUAUAUCACAGAGUUUCCCCUGGACACCCCAUGGAAACACAAACUCGAAAUCAUGUGACUUUAGGAGGCGCCAGGCCCUCCACCAGCUGACAUGGCUUCUCUAAAGGGGUUCCCAUUGCCCUGGCUUUGCUACGCUUUCCUCAAGCGCUUUCGUAUUAUCAGGAUGCCUCAUAGCUACAAAAGUCCAAACUCACAGCAUCCGCUCUGGAAAAUACUGUUCUCAGUUUUUCUCCAUGGCACCCCACUUUCUGAUUGGUCCAGAGUCGGACUAUGGGAUGCAGGGUGUCUGGCUCUCUCAAGUGUCAAGAGGCUCUGACGUGGGUGUGUGCAAGACAUCUUGCUGUCAGUGCUGGGAUGAGGUGGCUGGGCAGAGCUCUUCUCUGUCAGUCCCUGAAGUAGAAUAGAAGCCAACAGGUGUCUGGGGGGCAACUGCUGUUCCGGAUUCUGACGCCCAGCCUGGAGCAGGGGCCCAGCCCGUCCUACGCUCACACAGUGGUCUGGUAGCUUGAGCCCACACUGUUCCUCAGACCUUGACAGUGCUGAGGCUCUGUCCUGGGGGGAGGGGUCUUGGGGGUUCCCCACACCUCCAUUCAGGGCUCCCUGAGUCCUCAGCAUAAUAAACCUUGAUCUGGCUUGA